AGGGAGAUCUGAAGCUCUCCACUCAGGCAGGUGCUCUGCCCUUCUCUCCAACCUAGCAAACAAGCUCUCCACCUUGCUUUUUCUGCCCAUUUUCCUUAAUCACUCAGUCAGUAGUAUUUACUGAGCACUGACAGUGUUCAGAUCACUGAAUCAAUCGGUGAGAUUUACGGAAGACUUACUCUGUGCGGGGCACCCUAUCUUAAAAGAGCACUCACUACGGGACGUCCGUCCUCCGCCCUCGAGCUGAGGGCCUUUUGCCACUUCCAGAGGGUGGGAGCCGGCCUUCGGUGUGGCUAAUUCCCCGCGGACCCCAGUGACGCGGCCCCCACACCUUGCUGGGGAGAAGAGGAACAGUGCCGGUACGGAGGGCUUCGUACGGUGCUCUGCACACGGAAUUUCCAAAUUCUGCGGUGACCGAAUUCAGAAAAAAAAGGAGAAGUUUGUCCAGGAGUAGGCUGGCCGAGAACAGCAGAGCGCGUCGCUUGGAGCCCUGGCUUCCAGGCCCUGUGUGCGUCAACCCCCCUCACUCCGGAGGAUCUGUGGGGCGGGUUGCAGCUUGACCUGGUGGUCUCUGGAUCUGUGACCCGGCGCCAGCCGGGCACCACCUCAUCAGAGGACAUGCAUCUUGGAGGCCUGACUGCCCUGGUGACCGCGGUCGUUUGGCACGGUGGGGCCUCCCUGCUGUUGGAGCCGAGCUCCCCGGACCUGGUGGUGGAAUCGGGGGCGGCGGUGACCCUGCGGUGCCCGGGGAACGGCAGCGUGGAGUGGUUCACGGGGCUCGGCUGGGGGGAGCCUGCCCCCGGCUGGGUCCCCGGCUUCGAGGGGGGCUCCCGGACCCUGAGCACGGCCCGGGCCACCUACCGGGACACGGGGACUUACCGGUGCGUGGACUCUGAGAGCCCGGAUGGGAAGGAGGCGUCCGGCCAUCUCUACGUGAAAGACCCAGAGCACCCAUGGAGCGUCGCGGCCCGGACGAUCAUGGUGACGGCGGGCAACGACGCCCUGUUCCCCUGUCGGAUCACCGACCCCGCACUGGCAGCCAGAGUGUCCCUGCAGCGGGAUUCCGGCAAGAACGUCCGCCGGGGCACCAGGCUUACCUUUGACCCUCGGAAGGGGGUCACCAUCCAUAAGGUCCAGCUCCUUGACCUGAAUAGUUACCAGUGCACGGCCAUCAUCGGAGGCGAGAAGAAGCCAUCCCCCACGAUUGAGCUGAAAGUGAAAGAAGCCAUUACAGAGCCCCCGCUGCUGUGGCUGGAGCCACGGGAGAGCGUGCGAAUCCGCGGGGAACCCUUCUCCGUCACCUGUGAAGCAUCCAAUCCCAAUGUGGAUUUUGACCUGACCCUCCAGCACCAACAGGAACAGGUCCCGGGCAACCUAAUUGCCGACUUCGCCCUGACCAGGGGCUACUCAAAGAACAUCUCCCACAGAAUCGCGCGGGUGGCGGAGGAGGACGGUGGCACCUACUCCUGCAACAGCACCAACGUGAAGGGGUCCAGCGUGGCCUCCAUGGUCCUCCGGGUUGUAGAUCGAGCCUACGUGAAUCUGUCCUCCGAACAGAGUCGCCGGCUGGAAGUGGACGUGGGCGAGAAACUGGAGCUGGGGGUCCACGUCGAGGCCUACCCCCAGCUGCUCCACUGGAACUGGACCUUCGACGGCCCGUUCCGGACCGCCGACCCCAAGUUUCCGGCCGUCCUCACGGGCGAGACCUACAGAUACGACACCACCCUGGCCCUGCCUCGCCUGAAGGAGUCGGAGAGCGGCCGCUACACUUUCCACGCUGAGAACGCCGGCGCUGGGGCCUCCUUCACUUUCGACGUGGUUCUCCAUUACCCUGCCAGGGCUGAGCUCAACUGGGACCAAUUCAACAACUCCAACUCCCUCCUCUGUGUUGCCUCUGGGUAUCCAGCCCCCAAGAUCGUGUGGUCCCAGUGCCCUGGGAGGAACAGGAGGUGCGAUCAGGAGCAGGAACUGCUCUGGAAAGAUGACUACCCGACCGUGGUGAGCGAGGUGCCCUUCGGCAAGGUGACCGUCCAAAGCAUCCUCCCCAUCGAGAAGCUGGAGGCCAACGUGACCUACGUCUGCACGGCCGAGAACCGGGCCGGAAACCACUCCGACGAGUACUUCCCCGUCUCCUUAGUUGAAUCCUUCAAGCCCGCUGAGGACCCCUUCUUCACGCCGGUCCUCUUCACCUGCGUCGCGAUCAUGGUCCUCCUCUCCCUGCUGCUCCUCUUGCUCCUGUACAAGUAUAAGCAGAAGCCCAAGUACCAGGUGCGCUGGAAGAUCAUCGAGACCUGCGAAGGCAAUAACUACAUCUUCAUCGACCCCGCCCAGCUGCCCUACAACGAGAAGUGGGAGUUUCCCCGCAACAACCUGCAGUUCGGGAAGACGCUGGGGGCCGGAGCCUUCGGAAAGGUGGUGGAAGCCACGGCCUUCGGGCUGGGGAAGGAGGAUGCCGUGCUCAAGGUGGCCGUGAAGAUGCUGAAGUCGACGGCUCACGCCGACGAGAAGGAGGCUCUCAUGUCCGAGCUGAAGAUCAUGAGCCACCUGGGUCACCACGAGAAUAUCGUCAACCUACUAGGGGCGUGCACCCACGGAGGCCCAGUCCUGGUCAUCACCGAGUACUGUUGCCACGGAGACCUGCUGAACUUCCUGCGCAGGAAGGCCGAGUCCAUGGUAGCCCCAAACAUAAUCCUGGAGUCCAGCUCGGCCAGCUCCGUGGAGUACAAGAACAUCUACCUGGAGAAGAAGUACGUCCAGAGUGACAGCGGCUUCUCCGGCCAGGGUCCCGACCACUACGUGGAGAUGAGGCCCGUCUCCCUGGACCCCUUCCCUGACCAGGACACGGACAAGGAGGACAGACGGUCCCUGGACCUCAACGACCUGCUGCACUUCUCCAACCAGGUGGCCCGGGGCAUGGCUUUCCUCGCCUCCAAGAACUGUAUACAUCGCGACGUGGCAGCCAGGAACGUGCUGGUGACCAGCGGCCGCGUGGCCAAGAUCUGUGACUUCGGGCUGGCCCGGGACAUCAUGAACGACUCCAACUACGUCGUCAAGGGCAACGCCCGCCUGCCCGUGAAGUGGAUGGCUCCGGAGAGCAUCUUCGACUGCAUCUACACGGUGCAGAGUGACGUCUGGUCCUACGGAAUCCUGCUCUGGGAGAUCUUCUCUUUGGGCUUGAGCCCCUAUCCUGGCAUCCUGGUGAACAGCAAAUUCUACAGACUGGUGAAGGAAGGCUACCAGAUGGCACGGCCCGUCUACGCCCCUUGGGGCAUCUACGGCAUCAUGCGGGCGUGCUGGGACCUGGAGCCCACUCGGAGACCCAACUUCCAGCAGAUCCGCUCCCUCAUUCAGGAGCAGAUGGAGGUGGGGAGCAAAGGGCAGGACUACACCAACCUGCCCGGCGGCGAGGCGGAUGACAGCAUGAGCGAGCCCCCUCCGUGCGGCGAGGAAUCGUGCGAGGAGUCCUGCGAGCAGGCGGACGGCAGCCAGCCCCUGCUGAAGAGCAACAAUUAUCAGUUCUGUUGAGCGGCGGGAGCGGGAGGGGCUCUCCCCCGGGGGGGCCUGGCUGGAACGGGCCCUUCCCUCCCCUCUCGGCUCUCUGGAACCCCCAAGGCGACGUCGUGCGAAGCUAGAGGACUCGGCGCUUACGUUUCACGGAAGGACCGUGAACCUCAGGGAUGUAAAUACGUCUCCCGGUGGCCCCGGGGGACCCGGCCCUCCGGGCACGAGGCGGUGGCCCGGGCUUCCUCACGGAGCGCCUUCCCGGACACGAGCGGGUCAGAACCGGCUCCCGCCCCCGCCGCCCGUACUCCCACGGUUAGACCGAUCGAUCGACGGUCACUGUGUGCGGGGGCCCGGGCUUCCGCUAAGCGCCGCACCACCUCUCGGGCCUAAACACGGCUAAGGCGGGCCCGGGGCAGACGGUCCACGCCGACGACCCCCCCCCUUCCCUCUCCUCCCCCAUCCUACCGGGCAGUCGGGUUUGUGAAACGGGCAUUAAGGAACGAGGCCGCGCCGGGUAGGGGCGGGAGGUCGUGCUCGGAGAGGCCGAUCCUCUCCUCCCGGUGAAAGCUCGAUACUAGCCAAGGGCUGAGGCCCACCCUAGCGUGUCUACUGGCAGAACGCGCUUCAUCGUAGAUGUUUUUGUACCGCGUAGCAGUGACGACGACAGCAUCGCCGAUUCUUCCCUGUCCGUGAAGGCGACCCGCCUCCCUCGGCGGUUCGCUAGCCGCUCCGGUUACUGUAAGCUUAAGGCCUGAAAUGAAGUAGCAUUAGUUAAAUUUCCCGGCGGGAGCACUCGGGCUUGACCCCGUCACCGGGGGGGCAGAUUGUCUGCCCCCCGGGUCCGGAGGGGGGAGGGAUGUUCGGCACCUCCUCCCCCGCCAGGAGAGAGCGCACUGACGUUUAACGCUUUAAAUCAGGGUGAUGGUUUCUCCAUAAUAAACUAACGGCAUUAACCCA